ACAAACAACUAAAAGUUCAAAUGAGGAUGGGCAUUUGCCGAUUUUUGCUGGACAAAAGUUGGCGGGAGGCCCGAUCCGUGCUCGCGCUUCUCCGGAGCUCGACGAUCCCGCUUUACCGCCUCAGUUACCAUGGCGCCGCCUGCUUCUCCUCGCCUUCUACCGACAGCGUCUUCGAGAUGGAGCAAGUUCUCAAGGAACACUUUGGCUACGCUCAGUUUCGGUCUCACCAGAAGGAGAUUGUAAAGAAAAUCUUAGAUGGAAGAGAUUGCUUGGUGGUCAUGACUACAGGAAGUGGGAAGUCUUUAUGUUACCAAAUCCCUCCACUGGUAACAAGAAAGACUGCUAUCGUGAUAAGUCCUCUCUUAUCCUUGAUGCAAGACCAGGUCAUAAGUUUAAAGCAACGAGGAAUCAAAGGUGAAUAUCUUGGAAGUACUCAAACUGAUAAGUCAGUGCAGUCUUAUGCUGAAAGUGGUAACUAUGAUGUUUUGUACAUGAGUCCAGAAAAGGCUUGCACACUUCCUUCAAGUUUCUGGUCAAACUUGCUGAAAGUUGGAAUUUGUUUGCUGGCUGUUGAUGAGGCACAUUGCAUAUCAGCUUGGGGUCAUGAUUUCAGGAAGGACUACAAGCAGUUAAAUGUACUACGUGGUGUUCUAUCUGAUGUUCCUUUUGUGGCUUUAACUGCAACAGCUACUGAAAAGGUUCGCAAUGACAUUAUCUACUCCUUGAAGAUGACUGAUCCAUUCAUUGUUGUUGGAUCAUUGAAUCGGAAAAACCUCUUUUAUGGAGUUAGAUCAAUUACGAAGUCUCUGUCCUUCGAUGAGCUUGUUCAAGAGUUCUUCAAAUACAUUGUUAAUACUGGAUCAACUAUCAUUUACUGCCCGACAAUCAAUGCUACUGAACAGGUUUACAAAGCAUUGCAGAAUUCUGGAAUCAAGGCUGGUAUCUAUCAUGGUCAAAUGGGAAGUAAUGACCGGGAGAUGUCCCUUAGAUCAUUCAUUGGAGAUGAGAUUCAAGUAAUGGUUGCUACUGUUGCUUUUGGUAUGGGUAUUGACAAACCUAAUAUUAGAUGUGUGAUUCAUUAUGGAUGCCCUAAGGAUUUGGAAUCAUACUAUCAAGAAAGUGGAAGGUGCGGUAGAGAUGGCCUGGCCUCAGUCUGCUUAUUAUACUACUCAAGAAGUGAUUUCUACAAAGUUGAUUUCUACUGCAGUGAAGCACAAUCUACAAAUCAGGAAAGAAGAAAUGCAAUUAAAAUGUCUCUAGUAGCAGCAGAAAAAUAUUGCUUGUUGGCUACUUGCCGCAGGAAGUAUUUGUUGCAGUAUUUUGGAGAAGAGAAUACAGAUGACUGCGGAAACUGUGAUAAUUGUACCAAAACCAAAAAAGAAAGAAACUUGUCAAGAGAAAGCUUCUUGUUGUUGUCUUCCAUAAGAUCUUGUGGUGGUCGAUGGGGUAUCAAUAUGCCUGUUGAUAUUCUUCGAGGAUCUUGGAGUAAGAAAAUAGUUGAAAACAAUUUUGACAAGCUUCGCUUUCAUGGGCUUGGGAAAGAUUAUUCAUCAACUUGGUGGAAGGCUCUUGCUGCUCAACUUAUGAUCCAUGGUUUUAUCCAGGAGAAUAUUCUUGAUGUUUACAGAACUAUUAGGGUUUCUCCUAUUGGUUUGCAAUUCCUCUCAUCCAAUACUGUGGACCAGACACUAAUUUUACCCUUAACAACUGAGAUGAUUGAUGAGGAAGAGAAUGGAUCUCAGCGAAAAAAGUUGGGAGACCUUCCAGUUGCAUCUACUUUAGCACGUGAAGAGUUCUUGGAGGCUGAAGCAAAGUUGUUCUCCAUGCUUUUAGAUGUCAGAUUCAUACUUGCAAAACAAGAUGGAAUUCUUCCGUAUGCUGUAUGUGGUGAUGAGACAAUUAAAGGAUUGACAAAAUUAAGGCCUCAAACCAGAGCAAGGUUGGCAAACAUUGACGGUGUUAACCAGCAUUUUCUAACCAGGUAUGGUGAUGAGUUUAUUAGUCAAAUCAUUAAGUUGUCACAAGAACUGGGCCUCCAAACCCAUUGUGAAGGGAACUCAAAUUCAAGUCCCUAUGGCCUAAAGGAUCAACCCAAAUAUGAAGAAAAAGUUGGCUCCAGGAAUUGGUGAUUUUCUGAAAUUUGGCAACACAAUGGAAUGUGAUUUUCUGAAAUUGGUGUAAAUUAACUUCUUGCUGCUAUUUUCAAGAUGUUUUUCCUCGAUGAAUGGAAUAUAAUCCUUAAUUAUUUUUCAGCAAUUGGUGAGAAAAUUAGGUCCUAUA